UUCCACUGGAAUAUUACCAGGUGGGGUAGCUUGAAGAAAAUCAACUGGAGCAUGGUUUUCGACGCCGGCGGCACUCAGUGGCAGCUAAAGCUCAUGCUAAAGGGCAACAGGUCCACAGGCAAUGUCUCAAUCUACCUCUGCCACGUUCCUACCGACCGCACUGCCAACAGGAAGGUCUAUGCGUCGUUCUCAUUUGCGAUAUCCAACGCAAAAGUCCCGUCAAUUGUAGCUGUCGAAAGCACAUCACACGAAUUCACCCAUGUGGAAGACGACUUUGGGUUCACCGGGUUCAUCGACAAGGCUGAUUUGCGAAAGCGUCUGCCCGGCUACACCCGGCCUUUGCUGGUUGAAGACCGCCUGCGCAUUAGUGUCUAUCUACGCGUCUACCACUACCAGGACGGACUAGCCGACGGCAACGAUAGCGACUAUGAAGAUAUCAGCGACAGUGAGGAAAUCGACCAGCCAGCUGGCCUUCGAGGACGCUCUCAGGCUGGCUUCUUGGGUCUGGCCAAUGACAGUGCAUCGCUAUAUAUGAAUUCGCUGGUGCUAUCACUCUAUCACAUACCGAUGCUUCGCAUGGCUGUGGCGCGUAUAGACAGGCGUGGCGGGAGGCAAGGCAGGGCCCUUGGCCAUGCCCUGCGGACUACCUUUGAAAGUCUACGUGCUGACGACUCUCCUCCAGACGCCUCUGCCAUUGUCGCUGCACUACAGGAUCAGUACGACGAACUGCCCCGAACAGCAACCAUCCAGCAUUAUAUGCGCCUUCUCUGCGAGAACCUUGGACAGCGCAUGCGUGGCACUCAGGACGAGGGAAUAAUUGACAGCCUGUUCAUGGGGCUGUGCCGCACGACCACAAAAUGCCUAGAUGUCAAUUAUCACAGCUCUCGUUCAGAGCCCAUUUACGAUCUGUCGCUCAACAUCAACGUCCCAUCUACGCUGCAGGAGGCAAUUGAUGCUUACUGUGCACCAGAGGUUCUCCGUGGCGACAACAGAUAUCUAACCAAUUCAUAUGGAUACCAAGAUGCGACUCGCAGUAUUGGAUUCGAAAAACUGCCACCAGUGCUACAUAUACACCUCAAUCGCUUCGAAUACGAUGUGAACUCUGGAGCGCUUCGAAAGAGCUCGCACAGACUCAAGUAUGCGAUGCACCUUAACCUGGCUCAACACCUCGCUCUCAAUGCUGACCGGUCCCAGACAUGGCCCUACGCCCUGCAUGGCAUCUUGCUGCACACUGGAGACACGGAGGCUGGCCGGCACUUUUGUAUAUUGCGUCCUAGAAUCGCUGACGAGUGGUUCUGCUUCGAGGACGACCUCGUAUACCCUGUUUCGUCGGAUUUUGUGCUGGACGCAACUGAUGAGAUUGGCCACGGCGUCGAGCAGGACGACCCCCGCGUCCGUGACCACCAGAGGACAAGCAGGUUUAAGAACGCAUACAUGCUGGUGUACAUCCGUACCACUAUGCUCACGCAGAUAUUUGGGUUCCAAGACAGUUUGCCCAGACCACCACCGCCCCCAGCUACACCAGCCGAACCACGCGCAUCGUCAUCUAUUUCUCGACAGUCGGACGAACAGCUGACGGUAGUAGCAUACGUCAUCACCCAUGACCAAGUGGUAAACCACCAAGGGUUUGACCUCUGCAACCAUCCCAAUAUCGGAGGCCUCUCGGGGAACAGUCUAGUUGAGCUGUUUGUACCGUUGACAGCGACAACUGCUGAGCUCAGGAGUCGGGCUGCUUCAUCGUUGGGCUGUCGGCCAGAUGAAUUCAGAUUCUGGUGCAUGACACCUCGCGUAAACAAGACGCUGCGCUGUGAGAUGCCAAUGGCCUGGUCAUCCACCACCACGGUCAAGGAUCUAAUAAAGUAUCAUGGAACGUCGUCCAACUCGCUUUAUCUGUACUGCGAGUUGCGUAUGCUGAGCGACCCGGUGUUCUUUGGUCGGAUACCGAUACCGCAAGGAGUUACCAUGAUCCAUUUGAAAUUCUACAACCAUGCUGAGGGCAAGAUGAUUGGGCUCGGCCACAUCUACGUCAACGCCAGGCUGCCGAUAAAGACCAUCCUUCCGAUCCUCUGCCAAAAGGCGGGCCUUGCAAAGAAGACUGAGCUGCUGCUUUAUGAAGAGAUCAAGCCGUGGCUAAUCGAAGCUAUCGAUCCCAAAAAGAAAUUCGAGCAAGUAGAGCUUCAGCUGGGCGACAUCAUUUGCUUCCAGGCCAAAGCAAGC